CAGCUCUUCAAAUAUCAUUCAAGGCCUGGCAAUAUUCCGACGAUGCAUCCCUCGAUCAAUGUCUAUUAGAUUCACGACACCGCAAACCCCAAACUCGAAACCUCCUGUCAACAAACAUCUCAGGAUGAUCCCCCUCGCACCCCUCCCCGCACCUCCCUUCACACCGGCUCCUCUGCCGAACACCUUGCCCAAGGACCCCGUCGACCCUCACACGGCAGCCGAACAGGAAAAGAUCCGCGCAGAUCUCGAUGCCAGGCUAGCUAGAUGGUCUGGGCCUGCAGAGAGGUUGGGUACGCCAGGAGAGAAGCAGAACACUACCGGAGGGAUACCGGGCAGCGGGUGGUGGUUGGAAGACUUGGGUCCGAGUGGGGUAUCACAUGAUUGGCAGAGCAUGGCGUUCGAUAUCUUGACCAAGUUGAGGAGGUAUACGGAUACUUACGGAGCUCGACCGGCCGAGACCUUGGACACGAUCGCCGAGAAUGCUCGAGUGAAAUACGUUUCUUUCAGCCACCCAAUCUCCUUCCGCCUGAUUGAAGCCAACCUCCACUCUGGAUCCUACAUCGCCCCGAAAUACUUUGACAUGGACAUGAUGCGUCUAUUCGAACGAGCACGUCGUUAUUUCUCCCCUUAUUCCCCCUCCAGCGCCCGAGAGGAAAUGCAAAACCCGAUGCAGAACAGGACCCUCGCUUACGGCCAUACCAUCGCCCUGCAACGACUCUACCACGCCCUCACCUCGACCUUUGAAUGUCUCGAUAUCCCUCAUACUUCCUCCCUCCCCCCUAUCCCCAUUCCAUCUGCCUCUUCUCACUCGUUCAUCCCAGCUGGACCCGGUCUAGCUCGCCCAACGCCUGAUAGUGGGAAACACAAUUACGAACAGUACGAAUUUACGGGAUUGAGGAUCGUGACGAAAGACAGGAUGGGAACGGGAGAGGCGAGGUGGAAAGGCAUAGGAUGGAAGGUCGGGGAUUACGUGCACCUGGUCAAUGCCGAGGAUCCGAGUCGACCGAUCAUAGGGCAGAUCUUCAGGAGUUUCGUCCCUGCCAAAGGCCCGAAACAGCACUGGGUAACGGUCUGCUGGUACUACCGCCCCGAACAGACGUGGCAUAACCCCAUGCAGAUGUUUUACGAAAAGGAGAUCUGCAAGACGGGGAUCAUGGUCGAACAUCCCGUAGAGGAUAUUAUCGAGAGGGUUGGAUGUCAGUUUUACACCAAGUACGCAAGAGGACGACCACAAGCUGGAGAAUGGUAUCCCGGAUGGCCGCUCUAUGUCUGUAAUUCGCGGUACAACGAAGAUAGACGAGGGGAAGAGAGGGGGAACCAUUUCGUAAAAAUCAAGAAUUGGGGAUCUUGUGUGCCCGAGGAACUGCGCAAGACCAAUUUCAUGCAGAUCGUCGAAUUCGACCGUGCACCGCAUCAACUCCGUAUGGACCCAUCUCCCUUCCUCCGGGGCUUGACGAUGGGCGUAAGAGGUGUCCCAGGUGGGAUCUCAUGGGACGUCAAGAUCGAGGGACAAGAUGACGGGACGUCUGGUGCGGGGGGCAACGCGAAGGCGAGCCGCGAUCUCGCCGACCGGGACGCGGGGGAGGAGGGAGACUCGAAACGACCGAGAUUGGCUGGGCCUCCUGGCUUAGGAGGGUCGAUGGGGAUGGGGGAGAUGAGUCUGGCUGGUGCCAUGGCGCUCGCUGCGGGUGCGGGGUCUGCAGGAGGGUCGGCCGGUGUUUCUACCCCGGGGAGGAGCAGGGACGGGUCAUUGGGCCUACCGGGAGGAGGAUCGAUGAGCCCCGCACCGGGUGGGUCAGGACCGGGUGGGAUGGGCAUGGGUAUGACACCAUCCGUCCGAGGUCGACCACCUAACAAUCAGAACAAUCAUACGAAUUCCCGAUCGACACCUUCCGUUCCGCACCCGCAUCACCAGGCUCCACCCGUCCCGGCCCCCGUGAUCCCGAUGAAACCUCUCGGGCCGCCCAUCCCUCUUCCGAGCGGGUCCGUCGUGGUAGCAAAGACACUACCGGAUCUGUAUGGGAGCGUGGACGCCUUAAAUCGGUGGUGCGAGGUCGAGGCUUUACCUCCGCAGAGUGGCGCACUUUUCGACAAGGACCCGACGUCGAACAAGGUCCUCUGGUUUUCGGGUCCUCCGAUCGAUAUCGACCAACCGGAAGCGCCCAGCCAUUCGGCCAAGUAUUUGACCUUUUUAGCGAGACGCAAGUUGGGGGGCGAGCAGCAGACGUCGGCGUCGAUGUCGGCACUGGAUGCGGGUGAGAUGGAUCUGGGUGCAGAAGAGAAGGGACUGGAAGAAGGAGGUCUCUGGGGCAAGGAGAAGGAGUUGGAAGAGUUGUUGUUUGGGGGCGUGUAGCUGCGCUUCGUUGUCUCGAGAUGAGGACAUGAUUGAACGAAAUGACGAAUCUCCCCCAUUUCAUUUAUCGGAA